AUGCCCCGGUUUCUAGGACAGUUCAGUGCCCAGGAAGAGCAGCUGGAAGUACUAAUUCGAGAGCCCCGGGGCUUAUUUGAGGGGCUCUUUUGUGAAGCGUGGACCCUGUGCCCCUGCAUCCUCACGAACCUCGUUCUUUUCUCUGCCACAUGCGAGGAGCUGGAUGAGUUACACUACCAGGACGCAGACUCGGACCCCCUGGAGCAGAGAGACAACAAGUGCAAGGUCAAAUGGACCCACGAGGAGGAUGAGCAGCUGAGGGCCCUGGUGAGGCAGUUUGGACAACAAGACUGGAAGUUCCUGGCCAGUCACUUUCCUAACCGCACAGACCAGCAAUGCCAGUACCGGUGGCUGAGGGUUUUGAAUCCUGACCUUGUUAAGGGACCAUGGACCAAAGAGGAAGAUCAGAAGGUCAUUGAGUUGGUCAAGAAGUACGGCACCAAACAGUGGACGCUGAUUGCCAAGCACCUGAAGGGCCGUCUGGGGAAGCAGUGCCGUGAGCGCUGGCACAACCACCUCAACCCUGAGGUGAAAAAGUCGUGCUGGACCGAGGAGGAAGACCGGAUAAUCUGUGAGGCCCAUAAAGUCCUGGGUAACCGCUGGGCUGAGAUCGCCAAGAUGCUGCCAGGGAGGACGGACAAUGCAGUGAAGAAUCACUGGAACUCCACCAUCAAAAGGAAAGUAGACACGGGAGGUUUCCCAGCCGAGUCCAGAGACUGCAAGCCUGUCUACUUGCUCCUGGAGCUGGAGGACAAGGAACAGCACCAGAGGGUCCAGCCUGUGGAAGGCCAGGGAAGUCUCAUGAGCAGCUGGCCGCUGGCGCCCUCUAUUGUGAAGGAGGAGGAGAGCAGCGAGGAGGAGGUUGCCAUAGCUGCUACUUCUGCUAAGGAGCUCAGGCUUGAGCCUGUCCCCGCUGAUUUGGGAGAAGUGCGCACCCCGGAAUCCCUCAAGCGAGAAUACCAGGAGUUCUCCUCCCCGGAAACGAGCCUGCCCUACAAAUGGGUGGUAGAGGCGGCAAACCUCCUCAUCCCGGCUGUGGGCUCCAGCCUCUCUGAAGCUCUGGACUUGAUUGAGUCGGACCCUGAUGCUUGGUGCGACCUGAGUAAAUUUGAUCUUCCUGAAGAACCCUCUGCAGAGGGCAGUGUCAUCAGCAGCCCAGUGCAGCCCCAGACAUCACAGCAUCAGCAGGAGGAGGCGCUGCAGGAAUCCCAGAAGGCUGCCACGCCAGGGCCCAGUGUGACUGAGUACCGCCUUGAUGGCCACACUAUUUCAGACCUGAGCCGGAGCAGCCGGGGAGAGCUGAUCCCCAUUUCCCCUAGCACUGAGUUUGGGGGCUCAGGCAUUGGCACACCUCCCUCAGUGCUCAAGCGACAGAAGAAACGGCGUGUGGCCUUGUCGCCUGUCACAGAGAACAGUGCCAGCCUGUCCUUCCUGGACUCUUGUAACAGCCUCACCCCGAAGAGUACACCUGUCAAAACCCUCCCCUUCUCUCCUUCCCAGUUUCUGAACUUCUGGAACAAACAGGAUACCCUGGAGCUGGAGAGCCCCUCACUGACGUCCACUCCAGUGUGCAGCCAAAAGGUGGUCGUCACCACGCCCCUGCACAGGGAUAAGACACCCCUGCACCAGAAGUAUCCAUCGUUUGUAACCCCAGAUCAGAAGUACUCCAUGGACAACACUCCUCACACACCAACCCCAUUCAAGAAUGCCCUGGAGAAGUACGGACCGCUGAAGCCCCUGCCGCAGACUCCGCACCUGGAGGAGGACUUGAAAGAGGUGCUCCGUUCCGAGGCCGGCAUGGAGCUCAUCAUUGAGGAUGACUUGAGGCCUGAGAAGCAGAAGAGAAAGCCUGGGCUGCGGCGAAGCCCUAUCAAGAAGGUCCGCAAGUCUCUGGCUCUUGACAUUAUGGAUGAAGAUGGGAAGCUGAUGUCAUCAGCCAUGCCCAAACCCUUGCCAACCGGUGUCACACCCAGCUCCUCCUCGCCAGGUAGCAAAGAUGAUAACAGCCUGCUCAACCAGGGUUUCCUACAGGCCAAACCCGAGAAGGUGGUGGCUGCUCAGAAGACCCGGAGCCACAUUCCAGCCCCUGCCCCUAUGACCCAUGCCUGGAAGACGGUGGCCUGUGGGGGCACCAAAGACCAGCUCUUCAUGCAGGAAAAAGCCCGGCAGCUCCUGGGCCGCCUGAAGUCCAGCCACACAUCUCGGACCCUCAUUCUGUCCUGAGGGGCUUGAAUGGCAAGAGCCGGCUCUCAGUGUUUACAGGGUAGGGUGUGGGGUAAGGUUAAAGUCACAUUAAGUGACCAGCUUCAGGGCAUCUUCUGCCAGCCCCUCAAACUACUUAGGUGGCAGCAAUCACAUGGUAAUACCCCUUCCCCGAGUCUAGCUUUGUGAAGUUCCUGGUGCUAAUAGAACAAAGUCCCACUCCUGGACCUGUCUGUCUUCCACCCAGUGCCACAAGGAGCCCUAUCAGGGUCUCCCAGGCUCUCAUCCAGUCUGGCCUCAUCUCAGACUCCUGCUUGGGAUAGGGGUGUGGCUAGGGGCGUUCCUUUCCUCAUCUCCUGUUGGUACACUGUCUCCCCAAUAAAAUGCCAUUCUCCCUGUGCAGCCCCGACUCUGCCCUCUGAGUCUUGAAGUGCCUCGAUGGCCUUUUCCUGACAUGUAGACCUUUUGUCACUGGGCACAGCUUUACCCUGUGAGUAUCUCUGCAAAGCUCCCAAGAACUGUGCGUGGGUGGAUGAAGAUGGAUUCUGAGAACCUG